AAUGAGAAUAUUUAAAUAGGCAUUUGAGAGUAUUUAAGGGAAGAAAGGAGAAGAAGAAAACAAAUCUGGCUAAAAAGGAGCAUUUUAUAUAGAUGAAUAAUUCAUGACUCCAGAGUUUUUGUAUAAAUAGAAUCAAAAAGAAGUAUAAUAAGGAACAUAAAAGAAAAUAAAUUUAACGAAAUAAUUUUUUUUAACUAUGUCUACAAUGGAGAAUAAAUUUAAUUUGUCUCCAAUAAAAUAAAUUAAUAUGGUAGAUUAAUUAGUAGGAAUGUAUUAAGAAUGUGUUUAAUAAUAUGAUACUUUAAUGGAUCCAAUUAAAUAUUAUUUUUUAGAUAAAAUUAAGAAUAUAGUAUAAUAAGCAGAUAAGUUUACAUAAAGAGAACCAAGAUCAUUAUAAUCUUCAGAAAGAAAAAUGUAAAGAAUGAAUAUUAAUGAUUAGUCAAUAACCUAUAUAAAUUAUGAGUAGUGAUGUUAGUUAUUUUAAAGAUUUUGAAGAUUUUAAUGAUAGAAUUGAUAAACCAACAGAAUAUGCUACACCUAAAAAUGAAGAUCAAUUUUAAUAAAUUGAUAAUAAGAAAUUAGUUAUUUAACUUCAAACAUUUAUAGAAGAAGGUAAAAAGAAUAAAGAUAAUCCUGAUAUAAUUAUGAAAAAUCAUGAAUCUCCAUAAAAUUAAUUUAAUGAAACAAAAGUAAUAUAAAAAUUGGAUGAAUCAUCUUCUAAAAAGAGAUCACCAAAAAUAGAAUUUAGAAAUGAAAAUAAUGAAACACCUAUUCCUAAAUUAUUACUAAAAGAGGAACAUUAAGUCAAAUAGAAUGUAGUGGAAUCAUAAUUACAAAAUUAAUCAAAGUCUAUAUAGGAUAGAUUAAUGGCCAGAUAAAAAAGUUAAAAGAAAAAAGAAAUUUGA